CAAGUUGAGCAGCUCCCAGUUAAUGCAAAGGCAGACUGAUGAUCCAGCUGCUGCGCGCUGACAUGGAUACAAGUGGCGUUUACUGCUGAAACUGGACACAUCAGUGUGGCGCUGACACUGGGGGACUUCAAAGAACGGAAAAACUUCUUCCACGACCGCACUCAUGUGAUUUUCCCUUGUUUGAGCCAUGUCCAAGACCCUGAAGAAGAGGAAGAACCACUGGACUAACAAAGUCCAUGAGAGUGUCCUUUGCAGGAAUGAGGAGGGGGAGCUGGGGCUGGAGUUGAAGGGCGGCGCAGAGAAUGGACAGUUCCCGGUUAUCGGCGAGCUUCUCCCGGGCACAGCGGUGUGCCACAGCGGCAAAUUGUGGACGGAUGAACUCCUCCUGGAAGUCAAUGAUACCCCCGGUGGCUGGACUCACCACCAGGGACGUCCAUGCUGUGGUCAAACACAGCAAAGACCCCCGUCCGACUCAAGUGUGUCAAACAAGAGGUUUGGUGGAGGGAUCCUGUUGUCGUUGCCCCCUGUUACACUGUCUGACUGCCAGGCUCACCUCUGGAGACAG